AUUGGGCUGUGGAAAUAAAGCGGCUCUAAUGUUAUAUGUCACCUGCAAAUAACCCGGGCGUUCGAAAAAAAAAAACAAACCCUCCACCACCACCUCCAAAACCCACGCCACCGCCACGUCCUCUCCACACACAAAAAAUCCUCCAAAAAUGAGCCCGGAAGCCUGGCUCCCGCAGCCCACCUUGUUCCUCACUGGCCUCACCUUGCUGCUGUCGCUGGCACCCCCGGGACUGGGCAUGGAGGUCAUGGCCCCUCCCACCAUCAGUGCCUUGAAUGGCACCUCGGUGAAGCUCUCCUGCACCUUCAACUCCUGCUACAAGGUGGAGAACAAGCAGUUUUCCCUCAACUGGACGUACCAGGAAUGCAGUAACUGCUCGGAGGAGCUGUUCCUGCAGUUCCGGAUGAAGAUCAUGAACAAGCAGCUGGACCGCUUCGGGAACCGGGUGGAGUUCACGGGGAACCCCGCCAAGUACGACGUGUCCUUCACCCUCAAAAACGUGCAGCUGGAGGACGAGGGCAUCUACAACUGCUACGUCCUGAACCCUCCGGACCGGCACCGGGGCUACGCCAGCAUCAGCCUGAAGGUGUUCACCGAAGAGCCCCCGAAGCACGACUCGACGGUGGCUGUCAUCGUGGGCGCCUCCGUGGGCGGCUUCUUGGCCGUGGUGAUCCUGGUGCUGAUGGUGGUGAAAUGUGUGCGCCGGAAAAAGCAGCAGAGGCUGAACACGGACGACCAGAAGACGGAGGAGGAAGGGAAGACGGACGGCGAAGGCAACCCGGACGAGGGCACCAAGUAGUGCCCCCCUGCCCGCCCCUCCCUCCUCACCCCUGUACAGCGUGACCCUCUCGAUGUGCUUCCCAGAGCAAGGAUUUCUGUCUCCCCAGAGCAUCCCUCCUUCCAUCCAAAUACCCAACCCAGCCUGGAGCAGGGCGCGGAGAGAAGAAGGUCCCUGGAGCCUGGCCCUGGUGGGCAGGGCUGGGGAGGGGGGCUGAAGCACAUCAAGGCUGCCCUGAGGCUGAGCUGGGACCAGCCUGUCCCUUGCUGAGUGCCAGAGUUGUGAGGAGGUGCUGGGGACAAGCUGGUGUGGGAGAGGGGGGACCAGUGUGGUCCCCACACACAGAAGGACUUGAGCAGGGGGUGCCAGGAGGGGCAGAGGGGUCUGGGCAGCCCCGUGCCUGGUUAUCUGUGCUCUGUCCCAAUGGAAAACAUGAGCAGGGGCCAGUGGCCCCCUGCUCUUGGGGCCAUGGCUCAUCCCUGAGGUGUUCCUGCUGUGCCUGGGGCACAGGCAGUGGUGUUCCCAUCCCCAGGGAUCCUGGGUAGCUGCCAGUCUCCUCCUUGCAAGUCCUGUGUGCCAGUGCUGAGGGUGCUGAGACAGAAAGCUCGUGCUCCUCAGGGACUGUCCCGGGCUGCUGGGAAGCCGAGGGUCAGGUAAUGACCAUGAGCUCAGGUGGUGUUUCAGAGCUUUGCUGUGUUUUGGAACCACUAAUGGCUCCUGGUUUGCAAGGGAUGUACCCUUCUGCCUCCUGGGCUAUUUUUGAGUCUGAGCAUCUCAGCCAAAGGCGCUGGGCUGAUUUUUUUGCGGUCUUGGGGAGGGUAAUUGUAAUGGAAAAUGUUCUGUUGAUGUGUCAAACUGAGGUGGUGGGGAGUGGCAGGGUGAGGCUGCUCAGGUCGAAGAGCUGCUGGGAGGAAGAGGAGAUUUUGGGCACUUGCUGGGAAGGCACAACAGCAGGCCUGGAGUUAGGACAUCUCUGUCACCCUCGAGCAGCCCUGUCAUGCUGAGACUGCCUCCUCCAGCCUCCCUGCAGAGCACUGCACAACCCAUAACUGCCAUGGCAAUGCACUGCCAGCGUGCCCAGUGCCACCUGCCUCACUGGCAGGUGAGCUGUGGGGGCUGGAGCACGCCAGGGUCAGGCAGGCAAGUGACCCAGGGCAGUGUCCCCUGCAGCACCACGCCCGGGCUUUCCUUCUCCCGUGGCAGGCGGGACGUGGGGCAGAAGAGGAGCAGUGCACGGAGCCACAGGGGACACUGCCCAGGGCCAGGUGCCAGGGGUCCUGCCACCCACGAGCAGCACUGCCCGGGGAGAAGGGAGACCUUUGCUGUGCCCCUGGGUGGGUGCCAUCCCGGCUGUGCCACGGGCAGUGCUGUCAGGCCCCGGAGGUGAAGGGACAGCCGCGCACUCCCUGCUCUGCCCCAUCGCUUCCCGCCCCGGCCCCACGUGCCCUCCCCAUCCCGCUCCACCCCGCUGGGCUCCCACCACGCCGCCGCUCCUCUUCCCAUCUGCAGCAGGAAUGUGCCGUGUCCCACACGUGGCUCCCCGUGUCCCGGGGAGGGCCGGGCUGAGCCGCCUGUCCCUCACCCCGCACACCCACAGCUCCCCGCACAGUGCCCGCGGUGUCCCCGCACAGUGCCCGCGGUGUUCCCGCACCGCCUCCGCUCGGGGCCGGGCUCCCGCAGCUCCGGGGCUGAGCCGGCAGCUCGGCGGCCAGAGGCCUCUGAGCCUUUGCACAUGACCAGUCUUGCAUCUGCCUUUCAUUUCUUUCGUGCACUAUAUCCUUUGGAUUGCAACUUGCCAAUGCAUCUGUAUGUACAUAGCUGUACACAGCAGAGAGAGUCUGCAAAUAUAAUAUCUCUACACACACAGGAGGGGCUGGA